AUGCCGGCCAGUGGUCUAGUUCCUUCUGGGAAUGCUUCUCCCCGACAAAAAUUUUGCUGUCUCUACGCUGCAACCCACUACUGCCAUCUGUGCUGGGUUCCUUUGAUGAUGAAACGCCGCGAGAUCCGCCAACGCUUCGGCAUUGGUGGAUCCAGCUGCAACGACUGUAUAGUGGCCUGCGCUUGUGGGUGCUGUUCGCUUAUGCAGCAGGAGAAGGAGGUGGAGGUGCAGUAUGCUCGUCUCCAGUCGGGCUAUCAAGCUCCCGCAGGAAUGGAAUAUCCUCAGUGA